UUGUUAUAAAAGAUAAGAGGUACUUUCUAUUGUGUAUAACAACAAGCAAUUAAUAUGGAUUUCCUGAAUUGGUUAAUGUACUUUGUUUUCUCCUUGAUAUUGUUUCAAGCUUUCCAUUUGAUCACAAGAAGGAAAUUGGGAAGAUCCCAUAAGCUUCCGCCCGGUCCACCAACAAUUCCGAUCUUCGGGAACCUUUUCCAGGUUGGUGAUAAACCCCAUAGGUCCCUUGCCAAACUUGCCAAGAUUCAUGGGGACAUCAUGACUCUGAAACUUGGCCAGACUACUACCGUAGUUUUUUCAUCUGCAACAAUGGCCAAAGAAAUCUUUCAAAAGCAUGAUGCCGUAUCUUGUAACCGAACCAUUCCCGAUGCCCUUCGUGCCCUUCAACAUCACGAAGCCGGAUUGCCUUGGAUGCCUGUUUCAACCACAUGGAGAAAUCUUAGGAAAAUCUGCAAUUUGCAUAUUUUCGCUACUCAUAAACUUGACGCUAAUCAAUACUUGAGGCGCAGCAAAGUAGAACAACUCCUUGCUGGUGUUCGCGAAAGUUCCCUCAUCGGAGAAGCGAUUGAGAUACGUCAAGCUGCUUUCAAAACUACGCUUAGUCUCAUAUCAAAUACUAUUUUCUCCAUUGAUUUAGCCGACUCUACUCAUACUUCUGAGGAGUUCCGAGAAAUUGUGCGGGGUAUCAUGGAAGAGUUGGGAAAACCCAACUUUGGAGAUUAUUUCCCUAUUGCUAAUCUUGACUUGCAGGGCAUCAGGCGUCGAGUGGCAAUUCUUUUUAGAAAGAUGAUGGAUCUUUUCGAUAAAAUGCUCGAUGAGCGGAUGGAGUUGAGAAGGAUGAAUGAUUAUAUAUCAACUGAUGAUUUCUUGGAUAUCCUUCUCCAACUCAGCCACCAAGGAAACACCGAAAAGCUCGACAGAAAUCUUAUCAAACAUUUGAUUUUGGAUUUGGUUGUAGGCGCAAUCGAGACAACUACAAGUACUUUGGAAUGGGCAAUGGCGGAAUUACUCCAAAACCCAAAAGUUUUGCAGGAAGCCAGAGGAGAACUGAAGCAAAUAAUUGGCGAGGGGAACUUGGUGGAGGAAUCUAACAUUACUUGUUUACCUUAUUUGCAAGCAAUUGUCAAGGAAACGAUGAGGUUGCAUCCAUCGUUUCCUUUGUUACUCCCCAAAAAAGCUGAAGCAGAUAUCGAGAUUCACAGCUUCGUCAUUCCAAAAGGUACACAACUGUUGAUCAACGCAUGGGCUAUAGGUAGAGAUCCUAAGUUCUGGGAGGUGCCUGACUUGUUUCGUCCAGAGAGGUUCAUAAGAUCAGAAAUGGAUGUUAAAGGAAGGGAUUUUGGACUGAUUCCGUUCGGAGGUGGGCGAAGAAUUUGCCCCGGAUUACCAUUGGCCAUAAGAAUGUUGCACUUAAUGUUGGGUGGACUCAUUCAUUCAUUUGAUUGGAAACUUGAAAAUAACAUCACACCAGAGAGUUUAGAUAUGAAGGAUAAGUAUGGUCUUUUUCUGCAGAAAGCUCAACCAUUAAGAAUCAUUCCGAUUUCAAAUUAACAAUGUUGUGUUGGUUAUUUUAUCUAUAACUAUUGAAGUGUAAUAAGUGAAACUUAGCUAAUGACAAGUUAUUGUAUCGUAAAUUUCAUGUUUUCAAACUUUCUGCCAAUCAAAUAAAAAUCAUAUAAAUCUAUCAGAA